AUGAGUAACGAAAGGGUAACCUACGCGGAGGUGAACCGGCAGAAGGAUUCGAAGAGGCAGCAAAGGGAAAAAAAGGACUCCAAAAGCUCUGUCACAGAAACCACGCCGGAAAUAACCUACACAGAGUUAAAUCUUCAAAAUGAGUCUCAGGAUCCUCAAGGGAAUAACAAGCAGUGCCGCUGCAGAGGUUUCCUAUCUCCUCCCAAGAAGCUGAUUGCUGGGAUCUUGGGACUCGUCUGCCUUGUGAUGGUGAUAAUAGUGACCACGGCUAUUCCCUCUUCUGAAAUGCAGCAGUCAAAUAGUUCAUCUCUGGAAUCAAGGAUCCAGAAAGCUGAUUUUCUGACCCUUAAACGUGUUGCCAAGGAGGAUUUAACAAUCAAGUAUCAACAUUUUCCACUCUUACGUCUUGCUUUGACCUUCACAGAGCAGUCUGUGAAGACCACAGUGACGAUUUGCCUGUUUGCAAGACGACCGGGUUUCUCGUUGGAGGAUGUGCAAGCAUGGAUUCCACAGAAGCGCAAGAAAUAG